AUGGCGAAAUCACCUUCAACGUCAUCGCUGGAUGAGAACGAGAAAGAGAAGGAUUUUGGCCUUGUAGAUCCGCAAGCUGCAGCAGAGGACCCGACAGAGUACGAGCCGAUACGGACAGAACCCAAAGAAAAGGGUUUCGAAGUACAAGACGGUCACAGCAAUUCAAGAGGCACGCUAGCGAGAUUGCAGUCCAGCACAAGCGCGUACUCGGAAGCAAGCGAUAGCGAAUCUAAUGCGACAAAGUCAAUACGGAAAAAGAAGCCAUUUUACAAACGACUUAAUUUGUUGAAGAAUAACCCACCACCGAUUCCAAAAGAGCGCAAAGUAUCUCCGGAGUACACUGCGGGCUUUUUCAGUCGACUUUCGUGGCAAUGGAUGCAACCCUUGAUGAGAGUGGGCUACAAGCGCCCAUUGGAAAAGAACGAUAUUUGGACGGUUAACCCCGACCGGAGUGCAGAAGUCUUAGCAAACAAAUUGGAAGCUGCGUUCAAGAGGCGGAGAGCAGAAGGCAAGGAGAGGCCUCUGCUGGGUGCCAUGUUCGAAACAUUCAAAUGGGAGUUUAUUAUUGGAGGAACAUGCCAACUAUCCGCAUCCGUCAUUCAAGCUGUCGCUCCUUUCGUCCUACGCUACUUGAUCAACUUCGCUGUUCGCGCUUACGUCGCUGAGCGCAGUGAUGCUCCGGCGCCAAAUAUCGGCGAGGGUAUCGGUUUAGUCAUUGGAAUCACCGCUAUGCAAUUUUUGCAGAGUUUAGCCACGAACCACUUCAUGUACCGUGGUAUGAUGAUUGGUGGAGAAGCUAGGGGUGUCCUGAUUGCACUAAUCUUCAACAAGGCGAUGAAGUUAUCAGGGAGAGCCAAAGCAGGUGGCGAGGCUGUCCUCGAGGCACCACCACCUGACAUCAAGCCAGGAAGCGAAGCCGAAGUGAAAUGGUAUAAAAAGAUACUGAAGAAGAAGGAGAAAAAGCAGCAAUCGCCCAAGACUGCUGCAGGUGUGGCAGGUGACGGUGAGGGUUGGGGCAAUGGGCGAAUCGUCAAUUUGAUGUCUACCGACACUUACCGUAUCGAUCAAGCCAGCGGUUUCUUCCAUAUGAUCUGGACCGCUCCUAUCGGUAUACUGAUUACGACUGCUCUGCUCCUUGUCAACCUGACGUACAGCGCUCUCCCUGGUCUUGGUCUCAUUCUCAUUGCUAUGCCCCUCCUUGGCCGCGCGGUCAAGACACUGUUCCGUCGAAGGGUUGCCAUCAACAAGAUUACUGACCAGCGUGUAAGCUUGACCCAAGAGAUUCUGCAAGGCGUUCGGUUCGUCAAGUACUUUGGAUGGGAAACGAGUUUCCUAGAGCGCAUUCAGACGAUCAGGCAGAAGGAGAUUCAUGGCAUUCAGAUCUUGCUCACGAUCCGAAAUGCUGUUCUUUCCGUCGGAAUGUCCAUGCCUGUCUUCGCUUCGAUGAUCUCAUUCAUCACCUACUCCCAGGUCAACAGCAAUCUCAAUCCCGCACCAAUUUUCUCAUCGCUAGCUUUAUUCAACUCUAUGCGUAUCCCCCUCAACUUCUUGCCACUCGUCAUUGGCCAAGUGAUCGACGCAAACGCUUCUGUCAAACGUAUCCAAGAAUUUUUGUUAGCCGAAGAAGCGGAAGAGAGUGGAAAGUGGGAUUAUGACGCCAAGGACGCUGUGACGCUGAAGGGCGCAAACUUCACCUGGGAGCGUCAUCCUACUCAGGAUGCGGAAGAGGGGGCAGGUGGACCGCCAGGAAAGAAGCCGACUAAGCAGGAGAAGAAGGAGACCAAGGCUAAUGCGAAGCUAGCACAGAGCAGUGGUGAGACAACACCUUCCGAUGCCAUCGCUGUGGAGGAGGAGAAACCUUUUGAGAUUAAGGGGUUGAACCUCAACAUUGGACGAAACGAGCUUGUGGCUAUCAUCGGAGGCGUAGGCUCUGGAAAGAGUUCGUUGCUUGCAGCUCUCGCAGGAGACAUGCGUAAAACUAGUGGCGAGGUCAUCUUUGGUGCCUCCCGUGCUUUUUGCCCGCAGUAUGCUUGGAUUCAAAACGCCACGGUACGAGAGAAUAUCAUCUUCGGCAAGGAAUUCAACAGGAAAUGGUACGACCAGGUCGUGGAUGCCUGUGCCCUACGCCCUGACCUGAACAUGCUACCGCAUAACGAUGCGACGGAGAUUGGAGAGCGUGGUAUUACAGUGUCUGGUGGCCAGAAGCAGCGUAUGAAUAUUGCUCGAGCCAUCUACUUCAACGCGGACAUCAUCCUCAUGGAUGACCCUCUGAGUGCUGUCGACGCACACGUCGGUCGUCACAUCAUGGACAACGCCAUCUGCGGUCUGCUCAAAGACAAGUGCCGUAUUCUUGCUACUCAUCAGCUCCACGUACUCAGCCGUUGCGAUAGGAUCAUCUGGGUGGACCAAGGAGAGGUCAAGGCCAUCGAUACUUUUGAUAACCUCAUGGCACAGAAUGCGGACUUUGUACAGGUCAUGAGCACAACUGCCAAGGAGGAGGAGAAGGAAAAGGACGUCGAAGUCAAUGAGGACGAGGUCGAAGCAGAGGUCAAGAGCACCAAGAAGCAGAGGAAACAGAAGAAACAGGCGGCGCUGAUGCAACAGGAAGAGCGCGCAACCAAGAGCGUCAGCUGGGAAGUCUGGAUCGAGUACAUCAAAGCCGGAGGUGGCAUCUGGGUCGGCCCACUUGUCUUCAUCCUCCUCGUUCUAUCCCAAGGCGCCAACAUCGUCACUUCACUUUGGCUAUCCUACUGGACAUCCGAUAAAUUUGGUUACUCCGAGGGUGCAUACAUUGGCGCAUACGCAGCUUUCGGUUUCAGUCAAGCGCUCUUCAUGUUCUUCUUCUCCUUCUCAGUAUCCAUCUUCGGUACUAGAGCUGGCAAAGUCAUGUUGCACCGAGCCAUCACCCGUGUGCUCCGCGCGCCCAUGUCCUUUUUCGAUACCACGCCACUGGGACGCAUUACGAAUCGCUUUAGUAAGGACAUUGACGUUAUGGAUAACACCAUUACGGAUGCUAUUCGCAUGUACUUUUUGACGCUCGCCAUGAUCAUAUCUGUUUUCAUUCUCAUCAUCUCGUACUACUACUACUAUGCCAUCGCCCUAGGUCCCCUAUUCAUCAUGUUCAUGUUCUCGGCAGCCUUCUACCGGUCCUCUGCUCGCGAGGUCAAGCGCCACGAAGCUGUUCUUCGUAGCACAGUGUUCUCGCGCUUCGGCGAAGCCGUCAUGGGCACCCCGACCAUCCGUGCGUACGGUCUACAGGAUCAAUUCUCCAAGUCGGUUCGCGAUGCCGUAGACGACAUGAACAGCGCCUACUACCUUACAUUUGCCAACCAACGCUGGCUGAGUGUUCGUCUAGACAUUGUUGGUAUCCUGCUCGUCUUCACGACUGGUAUCCUGGUUGUUACGAGCCGUUUCUCCGUCGAUCCUAGCAUCGCUGGCUUAGUCCUGUCAUACAUUCUCACUAUUGUGCAGAUGAUUCAGUUUACAGUCCGCCAGCUUGCUGAGGUGGAGAACAACAUGAACUCGACCGAACGCAUCCAUCACUACGGAAGUCAACUUGAAGAAGAAGCGCCUCUGCACAUGGGUGAGGUACGCCCCACCUGGCCCGAGCACGGCGAGAUUGUCUUUGACAACGUGGAGAUGCGAUACCGCGAUGGGCUACCCUUGGUGCUCAAGGGCUUGAGCAUGCACGUCCGCGCUGGUGAGCGUAUUGGUGUUGUUGGUCGUACUGGAGCGGGUAAAUCUUCCAUCAUGUCGGCUUUGUUCCGAUUGCAAGAGCUGUCAGGUGGCUCGAUUGUAAUUGAUGGCGUGGAUAUUGGCAAGAUUGGUCUUCACGACUUGCGCUCUAAGCUGGCCAUUAUCCCACAGGACCCGACGCUCUUCAAGGGAACCAUCCGAUCCAACUUGGAUCCUUUCCACGAACAUUCCGACCUGGAGCUUUGGUCGGCCUUGCGCCAGGCUGAUCUUGUUUCCAACGAGCAAACCAUGGACGACCAUUCUGGCAGGAUACACCUCGACAGUGUGGUUGAGGAAGAGGGUCUCAAUUUCUCUCUAGGUCAGAGACAGUUGAUGGCUCUAGCUCGUGCACUUGUUCGUGGUUCGCAGAUUAUUGUCUGUGAUGAAGCUACUAGUUCCGUCGACUUUGAGACGGAUGCCAAGAUUCAGCAAACGAUUGUGGAUGGGUUUAAAGGCAAGACGCUGCUGUGCAUUGCCCAUCGACUAAAGACCAUUAUCAACUAUGACAGGAUUUGCGUCAUGGACGCAGGGCUGAUUGCAGAGCUCGACUCGCCGCUAAAUCUUUACGACCAAGGCGGAAUUUUCAAGGGCAUGUGCGACCGAUCCGGCAUCAAGAGAGAAGAAAUCGCAGGUGCAGCGAACUAG